UAUGGAAAUCAUAGAGGAAGAUACUUGGGUAUGUUUAGAAGAUAAUAGAAAUGAAUCAAAAAUUGUUAAAGUUAGUGAGAAAAAGUAUUUAACUAAUUUAAAAUAUUAGAAUGGUAGGUUGGAGAAAACAUAAAUUUGAUAUUGGUGUUAUUCUUCAUAAAUAAUAUAAUACAUUUUGGAAAAUAGAUAAAUCAAAUACUGUUGUAGAAAUAACAUCAGAUUAAUUUUAUGAUAAUGCUGAUUUAGAUAAUUAAAUUGAUGAUGCAAAUAUUGAAAUUACAAAAACAAAUAAAGAUCUAUUUGAUUUUAAUGAUUCUUAAAAAUUAACUUAAGAAGAGAUAAUUUAAUUAAAAUAAUAGAAAGAAGGUGAAGAAAUUGUUGACGAAGUAAUUUAAAAUAGUAAGACUUUUGAAUAAAAAACUGAAUUUUCUAAAGCAAAAUAUUUAAAGAGAAAGAAGGAAAAAUAUAUUUGUUGUUUUAUGGUUUUAAAAACAACAAUUGAAAAUGUUCAUAAGACUUAAUUUUUAGAAUCUCCAUAAAAAUUAAAGUAAAAAUUUUAUAUUAAAUAAAAUAGUUUUAUGAGAAUCGACAGUUUGGCAUUCUUUAUGUAAUUAUCAAGUAUUACUUAAAAUUCAAAUAUCCUUAUGUUUGAUAAUGCUAAUGUAUAAUAAUAUCUUAUUAUUUAGGGUGUUGUAGUUUCAGCAGUUGCAGAAAGAUUAGAUGGUGAAGGUUCUAUUUCAACUGUAUUUUGGAAUCAUAGUAAAUCUAAUCUUAGAGAUUAUUUACCAAUAUAAUAAAUGAAUUUUAAUGAAGAAAUAUUAAAAAGUAUUAAACUAAUUAAAAAUUUGGAAGAUAUUGAAAAAAACCAAAAUAAAUAUACUCAGUAUAAUUUAUAUAUAUAAUAGUCUUUUGAUAGCUGGAGAAUUUAAAUUUACAGAAAUUAUUGAAAAAUAUUUGAAUUUAAUAGCAGUAGGAGGAAUAAUUGUUAUAUUCAGUACAUAUUUGGAAAAAUUACAUGAGGUAGCUGAAUAACUUCUAUCUUCUGGUCUAUGCAGCAAAAUUGAUGUUUUAGAUAGUUUUCUUAGAUAUCAUUAAGUUUUGGAAAAUCGAACUCAUCCAAAAGUUGAAAUGAAUGCAUUUGGAGGCUAUUUAUUACAAACAUACAAAUUAAAAUGAG